GCGCUCUUUGCUAACUUAUCUUUUCGCUUUUCACGUGAUAACAGUCACCGGCUCUCUUUCAUACAAAAAUUGUUAUUUGUUAGUUAGUCUACGACAAAUAAACAACUAGUUGCUUAAGUCAGUUGCUCUUGAUGCAUUUUCCAUAUAAAAUUGUGCUACACCAAAAACAUAAAUACUGAUAAACAUCUAAAUUAGAUUUAUGUAAAACAUUUAAACAUUACUAACCAUAACCAAUAUGGAAAUGCGGUUACGGAAACAUUUUUUUCCCAGGCGAUGGUGUGAUAUUUUUUGUUUUCUGCUAAUUGCAUUAUUUCUGCCGCCAAUAGCCUUAUUUGAUUUAGUUAUUGUUGUACCGGCUAUACAUCCACCGGGCACGUUUAUGCAUAACUUCAUUUUUACGUUGGGCGUAUUUUUAUUUACAAAUAUUUAUGGGAAUAUGUUUGCUGCGAUGUUGGUGGACACCAGUGUGGAUGCUAUAAAUUUGGAUUCGGUAAUACCACAAAAACCACACACCAAAGGCUGGUACACCUGUAAGCAUUGUUUAARGUUGGUGCCUCCAAGAUCGUAUCACUGCAAAGCUUGCAAAACAUGCAUUUUGAAACGUGAUCAUCAUUGUGUAUUCACGGGUUGUUGCAUCGGCCACUACAAUUUUCGUUUUUUCGCCUUGUUUCUGUUUUAUAUGUUUAUUGGUUCAGCGAUAUCUAUCGGCUACCUUACAUAUUACAUGUUUUGGGUGCACGCUAAAAUAUUUCUACAUUUUCUCAGCUUCUAUAAAAUGAUUUGCCCAAUAUUAAUGACAAUUGAUGGUGGUAUAUGGGAUAAUUUACCACUGAUAUUUUAUAAUCUGAAUGUAGUUGCUAUUGUUUUAUCGUCCAUACUAUUGGUCUUUCAUUGGAUACCAAUUAUUAAUGGAGGUACUUCGUAUGAAAGACGUUUGGAUUAUCCCUAUGGUAGAGAUAUAUAUACCAAUUUGCGCUCAAUUUUUGGUAAACGUAUGUAUUUGGUGUGGCUGUCACCUUUUUUAAGCAGUGACUUAUUCGAAGAUGGCGCGAAUUGGGAUGAGGUAGAAGGUAUGCCAUUAGUAAGGUUAUCGCGGAAGAGAAACAGAAGACAACAUAAGUUACGUCAAACACGUAGAACUCUUUCAGAGUAAAAACUUAAACCUAAUUUGUAACUGCUAAAUAUUUUUCAUAAAAGUGUUGUUUUU